AUAAGAAAGAAAAUUGUGUUUAUUCCUAAUAAAUGAUUAACGAUAAGGCGUCGACGGCCACUGGUACCCGGCUAAAGAAGAAUGGAGGCGGCGAAGGAAGUCAUCGAUGACGGUCCCCGCGCAACAGACACGAGUCAGCAGCCCGAAGAAACGAAAACAGAGCCUGAGAGGCUGCGAGUCCUCUCGGUCGACAAGGUUACCGUCGAGAAGUACGUGUUAGAAUCUUCAAGCGGCUCUCGCGAGGUAUUCUUAACGAAAAAUGAAAGUUCCCGGAAGCUCUCAAUCAAAUCUGAGCCCGGUAAGACUUUCUUAACUCGAUCAGGUAACGAACGGAAGGACUCUGCUUCUGUCAAACAACGUUCCUCACUGCCAGAAGAAGCUUUACUAAAAAACAACCUCUUCAGCAGUCCUCAAUCGACAGAAAAUACUUUGAAAAACCAAGAACCCGUCGUUGAAAAGAGGAUCAGGCCUAUCAAGCUGACGAAAAGUCCUUCUAUAGGCAGCAUAGUAGUCAGUGGUUUAAAACAAAAUAAGGUUCCACCUAAGAUACCUGCCAAGCCAGCUUCAAGGAACCUUGUUCCAUCGACUUCAACUUUAGAGAGCUCAAAAGGGCCUGCAGAAGAGCGAAAAGAAGACAAACAGUGUGAGAUAAAAGAAGGAAGUAUUCAGGAAGACGAUAUUAACUCUGUGGACCAAGAAAACAAAAAGGAGAAGGAAGAACUGGAUGCGAAAGAUCGUUUAGAAAAAAGCCAAUCAAAGAUAGAGGAUCUACAGCAGCACUUGGGUACCAAAAUAGACGCCAACACGGCGGAGAAGUAUAAGAAACUGUUAGAACUGCGGGUUAGCUGCGGCCUGAAAGUCCCAGUCGUCGUAGACUCGAAUGCAAAUGAAAAACUACUGGAUGAAGAGUUCCUGAAGAGACAGAGUCUGAACAAGAGGCUAAAAAUCGAGGAGUCAGUGCUGGAGACCGAGCUGGACUGUGUGUCCAACGGUGAAGACUAUCAAGAGCCUGAAACAGAAAAUCGAGAGAAGCCUAGUUACAGCAAGAAGGUAUCAGAAGUCGAGAAAAGAUGGUCCGGUGAGUUCCUAGAAAGACGUCAGUCAUCAGGAUCCUCAAAGUCCUCGUAUGUCGAGGAAUUCGGUAGCGCAUCCUCUAGGGAGAGCGUCGGAGAGGAUCGCGGCGCCUCCCUGUUCCAGCAGGAAAGAGAUUUGCAAGACGACAGGGACUCUAUCACUGAAAGACAGACAUCCGAGGAGGUGCUAACUGUAGAUAGCAGUGACCUGGUUAGCACUGUAGACUCUGACUCGUGUUUAGAAGACAGGAUUAAGGCCAUAGAAGAGGACAUCGAGACAGAGGAAAUCGAGAAUAAUGAGCUUGACGACGAUAAGAUUGAUCAAAGGCCUAGCUACGAAGGGUUCAAGGACGAGUGGAGGAAGGACAGGAUCGUAGAGUUGAUGCAGCAACACCAGAACCAAGAUAAAGGGUCCUCUAGAUCUGGGAUAGUAUCCUCCACAGAUUCCAUCGAUUUAAUUGUCACUAGGACUUCACCUGGCAGAGACGGUUACGCGAGUCUGAUCAGAGAGUUCAGCAUGGAGGGGACGUCUUCCAGAAAGAAGGAGGAGAAGCAGAAGAAGAAGCUGGGUUUGCGACGUCUGUUGCCUGGCUUCUUCUCACCAAAAGACUCGAGGAAAGAUUAUAAAAAGAAAGAGUCCAAGGAAAGAAAGAAGCAAGAUGAUAGACACUUCACUAGGUACCAACAGAAUGGGAACUACACUAGAUCCCCAGACACGAUGAACUUAAAUGAGGAUAUCAAGAGAAACGUGAAACUAGACAACAGUUUAAAUGGGUCCAUGAUUGAGGAGAGGUUGGAUGAGAUUAAGAGGGAGCUAUUUCCUGACCAGGGACCUAUAACCAGCACCCCAGAUCACCUAGCUAGAGAUGAGGGUCAAGGCUUGCUCCGUGAUCGACAACCUAGAUCCUACACCACCGAUUCCAGUCUUAGCUCGAUAGCGCCUGAUGAUCGAUGGGCAGAGAGAAACGCACACUUAGGUAUUUCCCCGGACAUCCGAAAGUUUGAACAAAGACAGAAACGUGAAGAGUUUGGUCGAGGACAAUUGGAGCGCAAGCACAGCCUUCAGGAGCCUAACAAUCGCUACUUCUUCCACAGAAAUCAUGGACCGUCUGGUAGAAUCUCUGCUCCUCCUAGCGAGAGAUUCUUGGUGCGUCCUAGAGCGAUUCAUCCAGUGGACAGACCUCUGCCAGCAAUUCCUCAUUCCAGGACAGACUUGACGUAUGAAAAUUAUUUAGAAGAAGAAAAUCGUCGCGAAAUGAAUAGGUAUGGAGAGAACAACAUGUACGUUGAAAAAUCCACAUAUUCAACUGAUGCUGUAGGACUCUAUGAGAACGACAAUGCUUCUGGAUUAAUAUUGAAGUCAGUGUCUGCACAAGUGAAGAUCACCAGGCAGCCUAUAGUAAACCAGAACCACACAGCUCCUUUGGUAGCCAGGUCGCCUAAGUAUCCUUCGCCAGGGUCCAGUCAGAAGUCAGGGGACUAUGCGGACUCUAGCUGCACGCCUAAUUCCAGUCAGAAAAGUGAAUUUUCUCCUUCGAGUUCUAAGAGUGGCGAGUAUUAUUUACAUUCACCUGGAAACAGUGGUUCACCUACGAACGCUAAGGAUUUAGAUGAGAGGGAUGAGAUCUAUGAGAAUGAGAAAUCUCCAUCCAGAUCAUCUACCAGAUGCAUGGAGGACAGGAUUUAUGACGAAACACCUUCAUCGCCUUGUGAUGACCAUUCCACUCCUACCAAUUCGAAUCAAUUGGAGCGGUCUCCGGAAGAGUCCCCUAAUAAGGUCAGUACAUCCAGCCAUAGUCCGUCGAAGAGUUCCCAAACGACUGAGAAGAUUGAGGAUACACAAAGACGAGUGGAUCCAGUGAGUCCAGGUGGUCCGUGCUCCCCAGGCGGUAGUCAAAACAAGCAGAUUCCUUCUAGGCCUCUUCCAACUCAAUCUAGAAGAGCGCAGCCUACUGAACAAAUUCUAAUAGCUUCUCCAAAACGAGAAGCUACUUAUGAAACCAGGAUACCUAGGCCAUCUAAUGACGCCAGGCCACGUGACGUUGAUUCUCCUGUGAACAUCACCAAUUCGCCUCUUAGAGUACAUGGCCUUGGGUCGAUGGACGCAAGAAACCAGGACCCAUGUGGGAAGCAGGAGUUCUCUGGCUCGAGAAUGACUUUCUCUGGUCAGGCAACUUCAAACUUUCCCACAGGAAUCCCUCGACCUGAGCCCGUUUACGUUCAACGAAAUGAAGUAGGGCAGCCUUGCGACUACAGGCCGAACUUACAGAAGAAGGACGGAGAAGAUCGUGUGGCUUGGGUCCAAGGUAGAGCUUCAUCUCCCGCGAAGAGUCCACAAAGAGCGCAAGGUACACAAAGAGUUCAGGCUCCAGAGAAGUCUAAUCGCAUGAUAGAUCAGCAAGCAGACAUCCAGGGACACCAUUCGCAGGUCCAGAGAACCAGGACCUCACCUGGUCAGGCGAAGACUAGAGUGUCUAGUCCGGGACACCGUGAAUCGUCUUGCUCUCCUGAUCAUCAACGUCAACCCAGACCAAUGGAAGAGGUUGUCUAUGUUCAGAGGAUGCCAGAGCCUCUCUACAUGCAGAGAGGAGCUAUCUCGCCGUCAAAACAAGAGACCAGACAGCAUCUGGAAGCUUUCUACUGGCAACAAAAGGCACUAGAGGCACAAAGGAAGUCCAUGGCUUCUACAGGAGCUACGAACCUUAGGCAAAUCGUGCGCAAGAUUGAUUUACCUGAAGUUCGAGAAGCAGUCUACUGGCAGCAGCUGAAGAAACUUGACGAGGAGCAACAGAAACGCAUCUACGAGCAAAAUCUAGCUGACGAAGUGUCCUGCAGGUCCAAGAGUCCUCCUAAGCCUAGACAAGGGUCCACCCGAACUCCUGUUAAUUACGGAGAUGCAUCAAAUCCUUGGACCGAUAAUCUUCGCCGUCCAAAAGGGAAUCCAAGUGGCAAGCCUCCGCUGAUGCAAAGUCAGAAGGGUCCUAAUCAGCCUGUGCUAAUCGUCAGGCCUCAGCAAGCUAUUAGAGAUCGCAGGGAGAUGCAGACUAAGCCUAUAGACCCUGCCAGGUUAGAAGCUCAGAGGUCGAAAAGUGCUUCCCCUCAUUUUCAUCGCGGGAAUGAGCCGCAACUAGUUCAAAGGAAGACUGAGAACACCAGCUACGAAGAAGCCAAUGAUGUUGAAGGCAAGACAACAGCACCUCCUCCUAUUUUUAAAAGAGGCAGCUUGAUCAGUGGAGAGUCUGUGGAUUAUGGGACCACUGGUGGUGCGAAGAGAGUCAGUUUUUCAAAUCAGUCUUCGGUUGGUCAAGACUUAGCUGCUGGUAACUGGCCCACUAAACAUGGGACUGCACCGGAACCUCCGACCAGGCGACAUAGAAGCGAGGAUAGUACUUCUGAUACUGACUCAGUGUUUUCUCACGACCGCCGCGACGGUGGACAGUGUCCUGAUGUCGAGUACGAUGCCGAUAGACCUUUGCCGCCUCUGCCCAAGGACUCCACUAGUUCUAGAAUACCUGGGCCAGCGAGGAGCAACGUCGGGACGUCGGGGUAUAGGGACAUGCGUUGGCAGGAUCCUCGACGAGUCACUAGUCCGUUGGGUCCUGAUUCCUUACAGCGGUCGCCUCGUCAGAAGGAGGAGGAGUGGAAUCCGGAUGGCAAGGGUCGACAGUCCAACGACACCGGUGAGUCUCACGAGAUUCAUUCCAUUCGAGAACACUUUUCGUCGAUGAUCCCACCACCCUCUUAG